AAAAAAAUUAGAGUGAUAUAUAUAACCUUAAAAAAAAGAGUUGACAAAAAAAGCCUUAAAAAAAAGAAAUAUAAAGAUUGUUCCAGUGAGUGAGUGAGUGAGGGAUGGCAACAUCUUUUCGUACCUUCCUCUUCCUUCUUCAACUGCUACUCUUUUUCGUUGCUUCUUCUGCGGAAGCAAACGACCCGCGAGAGACAUACCUUGUGCAGAUGAAAGUUGGAGGGCAUCGAUAUGGGUCAAGUUCCGGUCACCAAGAACUACUCGGCGAAGUUCUUGACGACGAUAGCACUAUAGAGGAUGCAUUUAUCUACAGCUAUAGUGAGAGUUUCACCGGUUUGGCAGCAAGACUCACACAAAGUGAAUGUCAAAAGCUGAGGAGGAGGAGAGAAGUAUUGGAAGUGUCGCGUAGCAGAGACCUAAAGCUUCAAACGACAAGAUCAUGGGACUUCAUGAAUCUAACAUUAGAAGCUGAGCGAAAUCCCGAGAAUGAGAGUGAUUUGGUGGUGGCUGUCAUCGACACGGGCAUCUGGCCUUACUCUGAGGUCUUCAGUAGCGACAGCCCUCCUCCUCCGGGUUGGGAAAACAAAUGCGAAGAUAUAACUUGCAACAACAAGAUCGUUGGGGCUCGAUCAUACUACCCGGGCAAAGAAAAGUACAAGUGGAUUGAAGAGAAAUCGGUGAUUGACGUGACGGGACACGGCACACACGUAGCCUCCAUUGUUGCCGGUAGGAAAGUAGAGAAGGCGAGCUACUUUGGGCUAGCGGAAGGCACGAUGAGAGGUGGUGUUCCCAACGCAAAGAUCGCCGUUUACAAAACAUGUUGGAAUGUAAUAAGAUUAGAUGGUACAGAGAGUCAAGUUUGUCGAGAACAUGAUGUCGUGAAGGCAAUAGAUCAAGCGAUCUUGGACAAGGUCGACAUCAUCUCGUUUUCCCAGGGGAUUAAAUAUACUCAGCUGCAAGAAGAUAAAAUCUCGUGGGCGUUCCUGAGAGCACUUAAUAAUGGAAUUUUGACUUCAGCCGCCGCCGGGAACACUGGGAAAUAUCAUGAGGUCGUCAAUGCCGCACCUUGGGUCAUGACGGUUGCAGCGAGCUUGAAAGAUAGAUUUUUCGAGACUAAGUUGGAGCUGGAAGGAGAAGAUAAGCCAAUUGUAGUGUACGACACAAUCAACACCUUUGAGACACAAGAUUCGUUCUACCCACUUUUGAGAGAAAAAGCGCCCGCUGAAUUAAUAAGAAAACGUGAACUCAUCGCUGAAAGCAAAAUUCACCCAAUCUCGUCUAACGAUGAGAACGACGAAGGAAAAGAUGUUCUCGUCCCAUUCUCAAAAAUCAAACUCUUGGACAAAGCGAUUAAAGAGAGAGCGAAAGGCGCAAUCGUAUUGGGAAAGGAACUUCAUGACUUCAAUGAGACGAAAAAGUUACAGUUUCCUAUCGCUUCUAUAUUUUUGGACAAACUAAAAAAGGCUAAACUAGAGAAGUACUAUAGAAAACAUCAAGGCAAAGGUUCAGUCAAAAUCCACAAGACGGAAGAAAUUGCACGAGAAGAGGGAUGGGUUCCAACUGUUGCUAAAAUCUCGUCAAGGGGUCCUAGUUGUGACAAGUUCCUAGCAAACAUUCUAAAGCCCGAUAUAGCUGCUCCAGGGUUAGACAUCAUAGCAGGAUGGCCAGAGAAUGUGAAUCUUUUGUCAGACGACGUCCCCUCCAACGGCUACCGCCAUCUAAGAUUCAACAUAAUGUCAGGAACUUCCAUGGCUUGCCCUCACGCCACUGGACUUGCCUUGUACCUCAAGUCAUUCACCAACUCGUGGUCUCCAUCUGCUGUUAAAUCUGCCCUCAUGACCACUUCCACGGAGAUGACAGAUGAGGGGAAUGAGUUUGCAUACGGGUCAGGUCACUUAAACGCUGCAAAAGUCCUAGACCCGGGUUUGGUCUACGAAACACAUUACCAAGACUACAUAGAUUACAUGUGCAAACAAGGUUACAACACAGAGAAGCUAAGAUCAGACGCUGGAAGCGACAAAAUAGAUUGCUCCAAGACAGAGAUAGACCCCAAAGCCGACCUCAACUAUCCAACCAUGACGGCUCGAGUCCCCCUCGAUGCCCCAUUUGAAGAAAUCUUCCGUAGAACGGUCACCAACGUUUACGACGGAGAGUCCACUUACCGCGGGGAAAUCAACUACCGGGGUGAUAAGGACUUUGACAAUAUCAUUGUGGAUCCUCCACAGUUACAAUUUAGUGAGUUGGGACAGACCAAGACUUUCACGGUGACUGUCACCGGAACAUCGAAGCCGAAUUGGAAGGCGGGGAAGGCGUUUAUGACAAGGAACACGUGGCUCACGUGGACGGAAAUCGAUGGUUCUCGCAAAGUCAGGAGUCCCAUAGUCAUAUACUCUGUUAAGGAACCCGAAGCUUGCAGUUUAAUUCCCAAGACCUAAACAUGCCACACAGUAUAGUUUAUAUAUCUAGUUAAUAAAAGACUAUUCGAGUCUUAAUUAAUGAUACCCGGUGAUAACAAGUGUCGUGCACAUUAAGUCAUGGUCCCUCCGUUGAUAACAAGUGUCGUGUACUAAGUCAUGAUCCCUCCGUUGGUAAAAAGUAAAAACCUAAUAAAUAUAUUACGAAAUUAUUAUC